AUGGAUACUGUCUUCCUCAUUGCAAGCAUUGUGCUUAUCUGCACCUCCUCAGCGAUUGUUCAACCUGUACCCAUCCAAACUUGUGGUGGAUAUGAGUUGACCAAACCCCUGAGGAUAGGAUCAGACAAUCAAGUGAUCAGGAAUGGAGACAAGGGUUCCUCCUUUAGACAACAUCUGGCACACGAGGGGGAUGGCUAUUCAAGUGAUGCAGAUCAUUAUGAUACUCCUGUCUGUCCUGGUUGUUGCAGAAUACCCUGUUGCAGCAUCAUGUAA